AUAACAAACGUCAUCAAAAUAUGUUUUAGUUGUCACCGAAUUUGUAUUAAGUUUUUUGUUCCUUUUUUGUAUACUUCGCUGUGAUUAUUUAAAAUAUUUUCGAAUAUUAAGCAAAGGAAAUUUGGAAAAUUUUUAUAUAUAAAAUAUGAAGGUAUGUUGGAAGGCAUUAGUUGGAUAUGGUUUUGUCUUCUGGAUAGUUUUAUGUAUCACAGAUCUAUUAGGAAUAACCAACGUCCACAAGUAUAGCAAAGAAUUCGACGAGCUGUACGAGAAACCACUUAUAGUGCAAAAUUUGAAGAAGACGGUUGAGCCUCAUCUCAACAAAGUUGAAUUUAGAGGCGUUAAAUUUGGAUGGACACUCUUGGUGUGGAAUCUGGUUACUUUUUGUAUUUCUAUAGUAAUAUGUUCAAUAGGAAGGAGUGUAGUAUGGAGUGUCUGGGAAAUAUUCAGAAAUUACAAAAACAAGAUGAUUUAUUCCCGACAACAGUUCAACAAUUCCCAGUACACCCGAAUCGUUACAUCUGGCAGCAAAAUUCCUAUCAUAGUUAGACAACAGCUGAUGAGAUCAUCCGAUACUAUUUUGCAAAAGUCAGAAAUAUCAUCGAAAGUGACAAUUGACAAGAGCUGUCCAAAUCUGUUGAUUAGAAGAAGCGGAAGCAAUCUCUCAACUGCCACUGACUUUGCUGGGAAUGGAUAUCGUUCGUUCAGACAUAGCCACUGCUAUAAUGGUGGUUCAGGAUUAAGUACUGAACAGCAACUGCACAGUCAAUGUCUAAAGUUGAAAGAUGACCUGCACCGUCUGCAGGCCAGCUCCUUAAAAGAGCACGCGGUGUUGUCAAGAAAGAUUGACGCAUUGACGAAAGAUAAGAGGGAGAUGACCAAACAGCUAACUGUGGUACAGAAGGAGAAUAGGGCAGCUACGCAGCAAUUGGAAGAACUAAUUGAAGAGAAGGCAACGUUGUUGAAGAAGUUAGAAACAGCAGCGAAAGACUUCAAGACUAAUACGAAAACUAAGAAGCUCGCUCUAGCCAAGUUGGAAGAGGUUAACAAUAACAUAGAGGACCUUAGGCAACAACUAGAACAAGUGACGAGAGACAAAGAAAUUUUGGAGAAGAAAUUGAGGCUGCUUGAAACAGAAUACAACAAACUUCACGAACGUUACAUACAAGCCCAACAGAAUUCCUAUAGAAGAUCACACGACGAUAAUCUACCAGAAAGAGACGAAAGUGGUUCAAAAGCCCAAACCACUGUUAUAGAAAAAUUAAGUUUUUGCGCGGAUAAUAGCAUUCCUCCAACCGUACAAAAAACUGUAAAUGUGCUUGCUUCAGUAUCGCAAACGGAAUUCGAUAUGAAAAUAAUUCAGGAGAAAAUAAAGCAAUUGGAGAGAAAUUUAGAGAAUCUGAACGUUGGAUGCGAUAAUUUCGAGAAUUAUAGAGGACCGGACCAGCUUGAAUCAGAUUUGAGCGAGUCAAUCAUAGAACCCACCACAGAUUCCCUAAACAGAGUAGAAGGAUCCAGAUCCACAUUUAGCGGAUAUUCCAGUAAUAAUAGUCCAAGACUAAAAUAUUGGUCCGAAAAAGUUUCUGGACUGAUUGGAAACAGUCACAAUCAAUUUUCUAAGAUUCACGCGUUGGCCAGUCGAGUCCAAGAAAAAGCAAAACAAUUUGGCAGCAUAAAGCUAUCAGAAGGUGACAGCACACUUGAAGAAGACAGCAGCCAAUCUGAUGAAAGAGUACCGAAAAGACUGGUCAGCAGUUCGAUCGCCUUUAAAAAUUUUCUGAAAAGUCUGAACAAUAUCGAUACCGUCAACAAUCAGUAAUCUCACAGCAGAGCCAAACUCAAAGCCAAAGCCCAUAUUAAAUAUUCAACAAAAAUUAUUUAAUAAAGUAAAAUGAAAUGAGACUUUA